AUGGUACGAGCAUGGUUCGGAGUUCCAAGACGAUUGCAUUACUUGCUGGUGUCACAACGGGUCCACAAACCAGGCGUAUGUCCUGAGCCUGGCAUUGGGAUAUGCGUGGAAGCGUGCUUUUCCGAUCGUGCCCGGGCGUACAUAAAUGCUGUUCCAAUGGCUGCGGACAUACCUGUCAACAACCAAACAAUUGGCAGCUGCUAUUACAAGAGACAAGUGUACGCGCACGGUGCGGUGUUCCAAGACGAAUGCAAUACUUGCUGGUGCUACAAUGGGUCCGUAACGUGUACGGAAAUUGCAUGCGCCGCUUCUUGGACCCUUGAAGUCACGUUACACGUCUUUUCCGGCACACCCGAUCCCGAAUACGUAAUACCACGUAACACGAAAUCCUAUGACGUCAUAUUGAAGGCUAUAGGCGACACCUCGACACCUUUGGGAGGGCGACUGGGCUACAAUGGAUUUACAGUUAGACUGAUACGCGGGGAUUCAGAGGCGUCCCGAUGGACGGUCGGCUGGUGUACAAGACCGGUAGUAGAGCUGCGCAUCUUGGCUGCCGUGUCCGCAAUGACGCCAAGUGGUCACCAACAUCCGCUGCAAGCCGGAGUGAUUGACUACGUCAAAGAAAGCAUUUUGUCGUGUAAGGGUUAA